AUGGUUGAAGGUUUAGCUUCACAUUCAGAGCCACGACAGUUCCAAUACGAUGAUGAUGAUUAUGAUGUUGAUGAGUAUAAUGAUUACGAUGAUGGGGAUAAUUUGAGGAGUAGAAAAUGGAAAGCGCCGCCUGUAGACUACUACAGAUGUGGCAAAUGCGUUUGUUAUAAUUCAGAAAACGGCUUGACCCUGCAUGCCGAUUGUCAGUACCUCUUGUUGCGACAAAUUCCAGACUACCUCUCUGAGAACAUUACUGACCUUAACUUGUAUCAUAAUCAUGUCAGUCUUGAAUUUGAUAGACUGUUACGUUACGUGUCUCUUCGUGUCCUAAAUGUCAGCUCUAACGCCAUCAAGGAACUCCCCAGCUGCACAUACAUCAACGGCAUUAGUCUGCACACGCUGGAUUUGUCUGACAAUUUAAUUAGGACUAUAAGCAAUAACUCAUUUUUGUGUCUACCCAAUCUGAGAACUCUCUAUCUGCAGAAAAACUACAUCCAAACAGUCACCAGCUUGAUGUUUACAGGGCUGAACAGGCUACAGCGGUUAGAUCUUAGCCAGAAUUAUCUGUCAACAAUAGAACAUAACGCCUUUAACAACUGUCGCGGUCUCAAGAUGCUAAAUUUAGGUAACAAUAAGAACAUGACAUACGGGGUGAAACAAUUCAACUCGACAAUAUUUAAGCCACUCAAACAACUAGAAACUUUUUAUAUUCAAGGAUUCAUUUCUUCGGUCGGCUACGUCUACCCAACGGCUGUUUUGUUGGAGCUGACAAAUCUGCGGGAACUGAGUAUUGAUGGCGUGGGCAUGGGUAGGUUCGAGUCCAAUCUCACAGCACUGAAAGACAUGACCGUGUUAAAUAUAGGAGUGGAUGGCCAUUGUGCUAUAAAAGUUCUCACUGAGGAUUAUUUUAUAGGCUUCCCCAAUCUGAAGUCUGUGCAUUUAUUCGGCUGUAAGCCUACUAAAAUAUCUCCUUUAGCAUUUGCUGCCAAUAAGUUACUUAUACACCUCAGAUAUACCAAAACUGCUUAUGUCUUUGAAGAGCUGUUUAACAGUCUUUACGGACUGCAAAAUAGCACCCUGAAAUCAUUGUCAAUCAACUUAGUGACCAAAUAUGCUAAAAGAACUGCGUGUCGGCAACUAUGCAUAGACCAUGUAAAAUACAUUAAAAACAUGCACCAUCUAGAAGAACUCAAUUUGGAGAAUAAUCUCGUAUCUCUGAUUCAGUAUGACUUUUUAAUCAACCUACCAGUCUCGUUGAAGAAGUUGAAUGUAAGGAAGAAUACGCUGCAUUAUCUCAGAACGGUCAUCAAAAAUCCAGCAACUGGUAGACUCGUCAACCUUGUAGAGAUUAAAGAAGACAUGCAAAGUAAUGUUGUCUUUUUUGAGGACAGUGGUAACUCUUUAGAAACAGAAGAAGAUGACGUUAACAGCCAGGAAGUUGUCCAUCCUGCAAUGUCAAAACCUGCAACUUGCCCAAGCUCUCAAGACAACAAUCAGCCUGAAACAGUUCAAGCGAUAUUGCCACCGAAUCUUCAGAUCUAUUCUGCGUCUCAGUCGUUUCACUUCGGCGAAAUAUUAAUAUCACGAAGUACUGUGAUUAAUAAACUAAGGUAUUUUGAUAUAUCAAAUUCAUACAUAACAGACUGGGGAAGCAAGCUGCUUCCUGAGCACAUUGAAGUCGCGGAUUUUUCCGAAAACUUCUGUGAUUCCCUGAAAGUGUCGUUUUUCCGCCCAAAUAAUUCACUGAAAGAACUUCACGCUGCUGGCAACUUUCUUGGCGAAUCUUUUGCUAACGAUAUCAGAGGUGAGAUUUUAUCUCGACUUCAUCAAUUACGAUAUCUGGAUUUAUCAAGAAACCAUAUUCAGGAUCUCCCACAUCCGUUCUUGACAGGUCUCACAAACGUUCAAGUGAUUAAUUUAUCAGGUAACAACAUUCACAGUGUCAGUCUCAACAUUUCAUCACUGAACAAACUCAGAUUUCUUAACGUGAGCAGGAAUUCAAUCUCUUGGUUUAGCAGGCAGAGUUUGGAUGACCUUGACCGUAUAAACACGCGCCAUCAAGUUAGCUUGGAUCUGACAUCCAAUCCUUUGCCGUGUACCUGUUCUGGUUUGCCAUUCAUCCAGUGGUUAGCUAAUACAAAGGUUCGAAUCCUCAGCAAAGACUUUCUAACAUGCGUAAACGACGUUAAUGAACUAGAACCUGUUGGGGACUUGGAUGCAAGAUUCUUAUCCCUUCAAAAGAAAUGCGUCUCCAAAGUUGUUCUGAUACUUAUUAUAUCAUUUUCUAUUGCAUUUGUUUUCGUUAUUGCCUUAGCCGUUUGGAUUUUCCGAAACCGUUGGAGACUCCAUUACUUAAGAAACAUUGCGAUUGCCAGGUUAUUUGGGUUCCCCCACAGAAAUGCUGACGAAGACAAGCAAUACGCAUACGAUGUUCAUAUUUUGUAUUCCAAAGAGGACAAGGCCUUUGUUUUGGGCGAUUGCUUGAGAGAACUAGAAAUCAAACGUAAUCAUAAACUAUGCGUGGAAGAUCGCGAUUUCUUGCUGGGAACUUUCAUGACUUGUACAAUCACCAGCGCCGUCUGCUCAUCGCGAUGGACUAUACCUUUAAUAUCGCCAGAUUUCUGGGCUAACGAGUGGGGCGAGUAUGGGGUUCAGAUGGCAGCGAUGGAAUCUAUUCACGCACAUCGCAAUGUUCUCCACUUUCUCAUCUACAAGCCAACUCCGGUGGAGACAAUGCCCAGGAGUUUAAUCAAACUGCUAAAGGAAAAUACAUUUUGCGAGUAUCCGCCUGACGGCUGUGACGAAAACGUGAAAGAGGCAUUCUGGGAUGAGCUUUCUAGAACUAUCGGUCACAUACGGCAACAGGACAUCGUAGAUGGCAAUUGCUGA